AUGACAACUUUGAAGCCAGGUCCACAAGCAGCAGCAAGCUCGUCAGGGGUUCAGCAAGAUGAAUUCAUUGUCAGAAUUCCAAGAGACACAAGAAGAAAGUUUACACUGAUGAAAUUCGGAUCUGGUGCCCCCGUGGAUUUUGCUAAACUCGGUGAGCAACCAGUAAAGAUUGAAAGGGAAAACAACUUGAAAGAGUACAAAACUGCUAACGACAUUGACCUUCUUCCAAAGUUUGGAGCUGGCAGUGAGUACGGCAGAGACCUCAAGGAGGAAUCUCGUCGUAAAAAAUACGGCAUCAUGUUAAAAAAGUACAACCCAAAUGACCAGCCCUGGAAUUUGAAAAUUGGGGCAGGGAAACAAUCAAAGCGAUACAAGGGACUAAGGGAGGGAACAAUUGCAGAGAACACUUCCUACUACAUUUUCACUAAGGCAGCAGACGGUGCAUUUGAGGCAUUUCCAGUUGAGGAGUGGUAUAACUUUAGUCCAGUCAUCAAGUACAAGUACCUAAACUCUGAGGAGGCCGAGGAAGAGUACAGCAG